UUCUUUUACAGUAAGCUCCUUCGCACAAGAGGAACUAAUGCGGAAGCCAUUUCCGCCGACGAUUUGUUCUCAAUCUGAACUAACAAGAAACAAGAAGCUGAUGAAAUUAUGUAUAUAAUAACCUUGUGAAGAGAGAACGUUGACCUCGGCCUUGUGAAGAAACAACGUUGACGUCGGCCAGAUGCUCCCCUGCAAUGGUUUCAAUGCAUCCUUAUUCCUUCUGCUAUGCUUUCAUGUGCAUCCUAUUCGCCUACUCAGCAUCGGUUCAGCUCAAUGAUCCAGACUGGUACUUUUGGCUUCCACUUUACAGUUUUGCAAGUGUUGUAAAUAUGAUGAGUGUUAUCCACCUAAAUAGAUCAUCAUCAUACACCCACAUGGUUUUUAUAGCCUUUUGGUUGGGAUUGGCAAUGCUUGUGAAGGUUGUGAUAGAGGAAUGUUUGUUUGAAACAAAAUCAACCACAAUUGAAUGGAAGGAGCUGCUGUCUUUGGAUAUGGAGAGGAGAGUUGUCAGAGAGAAGCUGGGAAGUGGACUGGUGGUUGUAUCCAUGUGUUUUCUGCAUAAUAAUUCCCAAACAGGAUCCUCUGCUUCAAGAAAAGCGGGAUCUGGAAUGAUUCUACUGGUACUUGUAAGCGGCGUGCUUUGUAUGGUAUUCUUCUCAUCCAAAGAAAAUCUGAAACCAUAAGAACGAUAAUUCAGGCCAUCCUUCAAUAUAAAUGAAGAUCAAAGAUGUUCACCUCCUUCACCUCAAUUUCAAGGUAAAAAGAAAUUAGACAGAAAUACAUCCACUCAGGUUACAUGACACUCAAUGUGAUUUGUAUAACUGGUUUAGAAAUGUAGUAAAUUGCUGCAUAAUUCCUGUUUUCUCUUUCUUCUGAGUCUGAGUUAUGGUUAAUAGUAUACUUGUUCACAUAAUAAAUCCACUGCAUAUCUCAGUGGUUGAAUGUACAUCCAAGAAAUUUUGGUGUCUUAUCACAAAUUUCAAGAAGGGAGUCAUUAGAAGCGACUACUAGUAGUAAAUCUGGAGUACAAUGUUCAUAGCCAGAGUCUACUGUCUUGUAUAUUUUUUCAGCAAUAGCCACUUUUAAGUAUGUCCUCUUUUGUCUGCAACGAAGUAAAUCUUUUCUAACAGAAUUAUGAUGAAUGAUAGUAAUCUG